AUGCUGCCCUUCUCUCUCGGGCUGCCGUGCUCCGUCGACGACUUCCAGCGGCUCGCGGAGACACUCCUGGACCGGCCGCUCUACGAGUACCUCGCGUCGGGCAGCGGCGACGAGGCGACGCUGCGGGACAACCGCGCGGCCUUCGGCCGCUACGCGCUGCGGCCGCGCGCGCUGCGGCCCGUCGAAGGCCUCUCGACGGCGCGGACGCUCUUCGGCGCGGAGCUCAACUUACCCGUCUUCGCGUCGCCCGCGGGCGUGCACGCGCUCGUCGACGGCGCGGGCGAGCGCGCCACGGCGCGCGCCUGCGGCCGCGCCGGCGCGCUCUUCGGCCUCAGCCAGCACGCGACGGUGAGCAUCGAGGACGUCGCGGCCGCGGCGCCGAAAGCGCACCGCUGGUACCAGGCGUACCUGCUCAAGGACCGCGCCGCGACGCGCGACCUCGUGCGGCGAGCGGUGGCCGCGGGGUCGCGGGGAAUCUUUCUCACCGUCGACUCCGUGCGCUUCGGCUUCCGGGAGGCCGACGCGCGCAACGGCUUCUGCGCGCUGCCGCCGCCGUUGACGCUCGCGAACUAUCUCGCGACGCCGCCGGGCGAGAGCGCGGCGGCCUGGGAGACGCGCGAGCACCGCGCCUGGGACCAGAACUCCGAGGCGCUCUUCGACACGGCGGCGUCCUGGGACGCCGUGGCCUGGCUCCGCGAAGAGCUCGACGAUUUGGACCGGUCGAUCCCGCUCGUGGUCAAGGGCGUCAUGACGGGCGAGGACGCGGCGCUCGCCGUCGCCCACGGCGCCGACGGCGUCUUCGUGAGCACCCACGGCGGCCGCCAGCUCGACGAGACGCUCGGGAGUUUGGACGUUCUGCCGGAGGUCGUCGCGGCGGUGCCGUCGGGCACGCCCGUGCUCCUCGACUCGGGCGUGCGCCGGGGCACGGACGUCGUCAAGGCCCUCGCCCUCGGCGCGACGGCCGUCGGCGUCGGCAAGCCGCUCUUCUUCUCGCUCGCCGUGGGCGGGGAGCGCGGCGUGGACAAACUCUUUGACAUCCUCGAGGAGGAGCUCCGCGUCGCCAUGGCGCUCACGGGCUGCGCGUCGCUCGACGACAUCACGGCCGACGUCGUCUGCGCGCGACCCUAG